AGGCGCCUUCUGCUUGUUCAACGGGUACAUCGUGGACUACGAACUCUAUCAAAGAAUUGCGUUUGUGUUGCGCUGGACCAUAAGAUAUAACGCAACGGGACAACACGCUGACGACCGUCUUGUCUACGAUCACUGGGAACGAGACAAUGGUGGCGGAAGCACUCACUUCAUCGAGUUCUCUGAUGUUCCUGAUCGCAUCAGUAAGCGAGGGCUGGGCUCCGUCAUGACCUCCAUCACCGCUGCGCUCAACAACCUCACUUUGGCAACGAGCGACAACCGAGCGACAGGCAGUUACGUCGUGCGCGAACGAAUCUUGGAAGUGCGCUGGCCAUGGUUGGCACCACUCUUUCUGGUGGAGCUCCGGUUACUACACUUUUGGCUGGCUACUACGCUAAGCUCUUGCGUUGGAGACCUUGUUUAACGUCAUUCAAGACUUCGAAGAUGGCACAAUCUCAUACUCGUGUCUUUGACGACUCCACGCGGUCACGAUACCCGCCUCAUAUUUCCGAUUCGCCGUCGCAAGCAUACUUUCCCAUCGACAUCACUGAAGAGGUUAUCAACCUCAAACCGAUGGGAGCGGAUGAAUCCGAGGAACCAACUCGAUCACUCCUCCACCAGGUGGCGGUCACAGAAAUCAACGACAGUGACUCUUGCCUCCUCAAACAACGCAACAUCAGCGGUCACGGCGGGAGUGGUGGUGGUGAUAGCGAUAGGCUUUUCAAGGAUGUCUCAGAAACUUUCAAAGACUGGUUCACUAAUGGCUGGUUUACCGAGAUCCUGGCCGUCUUGGUUUCCUUUGCCUGCGCUGUUGCCAUACCUGUCGUGCUUGGUGUCUACAACCAUAACCCGGUCCCAAAGCUACCGUGGGAUGUUUCGCUCAACGCCGUCGUUUCCGUUCUCUCCACCGUGGCCAAGUCCAGCCUCUUGUACACUAUAUGUGCUGCUUUGGGACAGGACAAAUGGGACUGGUACGAUACCGGUACUCAUGGCUUACAACAACAAACAUUCAUGAAUGACAGCAAGAGCAAGAUGAGUCAUGGGAGAGAGAGGAGGCUUAAGGAUAUGGAGACGUUGGAUCAGGCGAGCAGGGGGCCACUUGGGGCCGUCAAGAUUUUGACCAGUCGUCGCACGGCAUUGUCGCCAACAUCGUUAGGAGCACUCGUGGUUAUCCUUUCGCUUGUUGUUGAUCCCUUCACGCAACAGGUCGUUAGUCUUAGGGAACGUCAAAGGCUGGUGUCGUCUGAUGAAGUUUGGGCAGCUCGGCCAAGCGCUCCGUUCUUCUGCUAUCGGAAUUUCGAAUAUCAGACCUAUGGCUCUUGGUCGAUGGACUGCGCCAAGAUCUUUCAAGACGCCAUUCAAGCCGCCAUUUGGGUUGACCCCGAGGCUUACAAGCCUCCAUCGCACGCUCAUUGUCCUAGCGGAAACUGUGAAUGGGAACCAUUCCAUACGAUUGAGUACUGUCUCGACAAUCGAGUCAUUGAAUCUCCAACAGGAUACUGUGACAUAUCUUUCAACCAGUCUGAAUUCAAUGAAGCUUAUAGAUACUACAACGACACCGGAAAACAUCGGGUCAUGAUCCAGGAUUGCAAGCAUAUGAUCAGUCCUCUCAAUAUUACAAAGUGGUCGGAAAAACCCAAGGUUGUUGUUGUGGAUACGUUUCGGGACAACGAGUUUGGCGGAAAAUCGAUGUUUCCUAAUUCUUCACAAUCCGCAUAUUUGCCAUCUUUCGGGUCAGAAACUUCGGUUGCUACUGGAUUCGAGAUGGCUUACCGAAACAGGAACUAUACCAACAAAGGGCCUUCCCCGUAUUUAUGGACCAGAUUUCCAACGGAGGUUAUUACAUCGGUGCCACCAGAGGAGAACAACAUCACCAAUGAAUUCGGCGUGCGAAUCCCAGGACCCCUCACAAUCAUGGCUCAUACUCGGUACGAUAUGGUACCCGAGGUCUACCGUUCAAUAACCUUCUCGUACAAUGUAACCGACUGGUAUCGGCCACCAAUCGAACUACGAGUCAAUCUAACGGAAUGGUCAGCGCUAUCUUUCUGCCAGGUCGAGAGGAAGAUAAGCGUUGUGAAUGGGACGACCGUUUCCAAAGUCGCGGCGUCCAAGUACCUACAACCUGCGUAUACUAACAUCGCCGAGGAGCAAUACAAUGCCACGUUCUGGGCCCCCGAAGACCAUAUAAAAAACAAUGCAACCAUGUUCUCAGUCCUUACAAAGGACCCCACUGGAUCUUUUUCUCCAGAUGAGAUUGGGCCCCGGAGGUACCAAGCGGAUAACUCGACGGGCGCCUUCUGUUUAUAUAAAGGAGUAUUCCAGUUCUUCACCGACCCGGCUGCCUGGCUGACCCAAAUUCUUCGCGCGACGAAGGCCACAAGCGCAGAAGGGGAUGACGAUGUGCAGAUAUGGAACGUGCAGUGGGGAAAUCCAAGACUGGAUGACGAAGAUCCUGACCAGAUGACUGCUUCUCGAAUCUCCCGGCGAACACUGCCUGCCGUCAUGACAUCGAUCACCGCAGCGCUCAACAACAUGAACUAUGCCGCAACCAACGAGAGGAUCACGGGGAGCUAUGUCGUGCGCGAGACCAUCCUGGUAGCGCGCUGGGAAUGGCUGACGGUGCUCUUCAGCAUCGAGAUCAUGGGAAUGGGCUACUUACUCUACAUCAUUUUUAGGCCCAGAACCGCAGCCGGAGUCUGGAAAGACUCGAUCUUCGCUGUCUUGUACCACGGAUUGGACGAUGGAGCUAGGGACACCAUCGGGCAUGUGAAGAACCUGCGAGAUAUGAGGAAGGCGACUGAGUACAUGGAGGUUCGUCUCGACCAGCCUAAGGAGGACAAUCGCGUUGUCCUGGUUCGGGACUAGUAGUCGGUCGUCUUAUCCUCACCAAAGUUAUUAUGUCUUCUAUAUCAAGAUACCGCUCCCAAUGAAAAUGGUCUUCUUGUACCUUCUCGG